AGGAAAUUGAAGUUGCCUCCUACUGCCGUAUCUGCUGCUUGUUUUCCUGGUGUUUUGCUCCGGCCGCCGGAGAAGCGUCACGUGGGCUCGAUCGUUUUCUGCCUCCUGCUUCGUCAUGGUAAGUGUUUUUGCCAUGACGCUUCUCAGCGUCGCAGUUUGCUGUUAACGGAUCGAACAUGGCAGCUGGAACCCUGGAGAGCCACUGAACUUAGGUGACUCAUCACAAGGUCCUGCCUCUCACCCUUCAGCGCUCAGGCGUGGUGCACUCAAAAGAGAUUCCUCCGGGCAUUUGUAUGCACGAUGAACCUAGUUCAAACCAUGCCGUCUCCAGUUAAAAAGACUUAUGGCAGUGCUGGGAAAGACCUUCGUGCGCUACCUCGGUGAGCUGCUGCCAGUCAGAUCCUGCAGAAUUGGAGUGCAAGGACCAAAGGCAACAUACCGUCUUCUACAGUCAAAGGUUGAGAGCUGUUGUACUCAGAAUGGAAAGAUCCCAAGAUGGCAGAAAAUAUCACAGAUAGAGCCACUGUCAACAGUGAACUGAUGACUCCUGAGAUACCUGCUGCAAGGGAAGCAGGAAAUGCUGUUUUCAUCCCAAAGUGCAUUAAAGACAAAAAAUAUACAUUAGCAGUUGUUGCCGUCAUCACAGCUUUGGUCAUUACUAUAAUCGCAUUGGCUGUUAAAAAGCCACAGCCCUGUCCGCUGUGUCCUCCCCCUGUCGAUGCUGCUUGCCCAGAUCGCUGGGUUGGGUACCUAGGGAAAUGCUAUUAUACAUCGGAAGACAAAAGGAACUGGAGCGACAGUGAAUCUAGAUGUUCCUUCCUUGGUGCCUCUUUGGCUGUGAUUGAUACCAAGCCGGAUCUGGAUUUUUUGUGGAAUUUUACUCGUCCCUCUCAUCAUUGGAUUGGUCUUUCAAGAGAAGCAGCUCAGCCCUGGAAAUGGCCCAAUGGGACAGAGUUUGGAAACCAAUUUACAGUGCGAGGAGAAGGCUUUUGCGCUUACAUAAAUGACCUUGGGGUCAGCAGCACCAAGUGCGCUGUGGUGAAGAACUUCGUCUGCAGCCUGGCGGAUGCUUGCGCCAAGAGGAAACAAAACAUCAACAAAAGGGAUACCUUGUGAUCCUCAUUUGUGUAAGGCGAGCACUACUGGCUCUUUAGAGAUGCAAGUCUCACUGGUAGAACCACUCUUUCUGCAGCUAGUUCCAGAUACAAUGCUCCAUUUUGUUAUCUGCCUAUAAGAGAGAUUUAUCAAGAAUAGCAGCAACUGUCUUGUCACUGCGUUUGAACCUCACCUAUGCCAUAAACUCACAAUAUGGCCUUAGACUACCAUUGCCUUAUCAGCCACGGGCUGUUGGACUCCCAGCAGCCUCUGCCAGCAUGACCGGUGGCAUGGGAUUAUGGGAGUUGUAGUCCAAAGCACCUGAAGCUUGUUGUAUGGCUGAACUGUGGCCUGAAAGACACAGUUCCUAAGUCAAUCACCAGCUGAGAAGCUGCCUUCCAUCUUGUCUGAGGAAUCAACUGUGAGCAGAACACCCAGCAAUCUGAGGCUGUGUGGACGCUUGCCCAAUACACAAUGCUUUGGCCAAGGACCCAAACACGCUUGCCGGUUCUACCUGAAAAGGAAGAAUUGCAGGAGACAUGUAAAUGAUUGCUGACCCGUGUGAAUGUAGUCCCUGCAAGCCUUGAAUCGCCACCGUCCCAUGGUCUUGAUGUGCUCAGGGUCCAUGCCCCAGGCAGCAGCGGUUGUGGCGGCCCCAAUGUGGAACAACUGACCAGAGAAGUGACUGGGGUUGCGCCGCACGCAAAAAUAACUUUUCUCAAAACUGCAGUGAAUUGGCGCCUGGGCACGGGUUGUGUGUUAGCUUGAAUAAAGAGGGGCCCCUGGUGGGCAGGCCUGACCUUCAGGAACCUUCUCAUGUCGCAGACUGAGUGAGGGCCGCUGCGGGGGGAAGGGUCCAGAUCAGGAAGUGCCUUGACGCAACUGAUCAGUUUUGGAGGAACGUAUUCUGAACUGGAGGGAGCCCUCGUGGAAGGUCACGCCAUUAAGCAACCAGCCUCCAUAGGAUGAUGCAGUUGUACCCCCAGUGUGCUCACCCAAUAGGCAGAGCCCUGAAGAAUGCCAGAGAAUAUGCGGCCCAGAAUAACUUCACCUCAAAACUGGACCAGGAUACACUGUGCAGCUUGCACCAAAUAAGCCGCCAUGUCUCAAAAAGUAAUAGGCUUUCUAGCAUCUAGCAAUGGGGAGUGCCUACGGCACCAUCCCUCAAUGAGCUUUUUCAUGUGAAAAUUAUUAUAAGGGUCGGGCAGCUGAAGAAAAUAUUUGCUGAAAUAAGAAAUAGUGGCCCUGUGAAGGGUCAUGGUCUUAAUGGCCAAGCCUUUCUGCUCGAGGAAGACCAGGUAUUGUAGCACAUCAGACUUGGCUGCUGGGUGCCUGUGAGAGGAGCCAUGCCUGGCCCUGAAUGCUUCAAAUGUGGACCAAGCUCUUAUAUAGGCCCUUAUCUUGUCCAAUUGCCCAUAGCUCUUCUGGGAAAGUAUCUGGUAGGUGGGCAGCCUUGGGCACCAGGUCGCAGAAUCUUUCCAUCUAGAAGCGAGAUAAAGCAUCCGCAAUGUUAUUGUUAAGACCAGGAACAAAUUUAGCUGAGAACGUGAUGUUACCUUGAAGGCGUUCUAACACAAAAAAGCGACACAACCUGCUGACACAAUGUGAUUUGCGCCGGGUCACAACCACCACCCACCUCUGUAGUAGGUAAGCGGCUACUGCUGGACAUCUGUUUUUUAGGACCAACUCAUUGCUCCAUCUGCGCUUCAGGAUUUCCCCCUGAAGCUGUGACUGCCGCCUCCGCCUAGAAAACAUUUGAACAAGCUGAAUGAAAAAGGGUCUUAUUUAGUCCCUUCACCUCUGUUUAACUUUUCACAUUCCUUAUCGCAGUGCUAUUUACUUUGCAAGGAAGCACGUUCAGGCCUUAUCACUUUCUUGCAGAGGGAACAUUAUUCCAAGCUAGCAUUGCUUCAAAGAACAGUUCCCAUCUUGUGGUUUGAACUUGCCAGUGCUGGUCUCAAGUUGUGAUUUUAAGGGUUAGGGGCAGGUCAUUAAUACGUUGGGACCAAAAAACUCUCUAAUGUGAAUGUUAAAAAAUUCUGUGUA